CUAACCAGUACAAAGCCGUGUGAUCCGUCCUCGUUCACGUGCCCCACUGGCUUCGUCGUAGCCUUAUCUACUUCUUCUCGUUCACUGCCUACCCAAAGAAGCAUCUCCUCAUGGCCACGCUCGAUGCGAUCCUCUUUCCCCUCCUCCUCCUCCUCUCCUCUGCCAUCCCGACGCUCGCCUCUGGCUUUGCCACCACCCUCGACCCGAGCCUCAUGGGCCUCAACCUUCGGAAGGAGAAGCUCAGCCACUUCCGCUUCUACUGGCACGACGUCAUGAGCGGCCCCCACCCCAGCUCCAUCACCAUUGUGCCCCCGCCGUCCAAUGCCUCGGCCACCUUCUUCGGCCUCAUCAACAUGAUCGACAACCCCCUGACCGUCCGCCCCGACCCCGGGUCCGAGCUCGUCGGCCGCGCCCAGGGCCUGUACUCAUCGGCGUCGCAGGAGGAGGUGGGCCUGAUGAUGGUCAUGAACUUCGCCUUCGUGUCGGGGAAGUACAAUGGCAGCGGCAUCACCGUGCUGGGGCGGAACCCGGUGUUCCAGAAGGUGCGGGAGAUGCCGGUGAUCGGCGGCUGCGGGCUGCUCCGGUUCGCCCGGGGGUACGCCCAGGCGACCACGCACACGUUCGACCCGAAGACCGGCAACGCCGUCGUCGAGUACAACGUCUACGUGUUGCACUACUAACGUUUGGUGGUAUGAAUGAUGAUCGGAUUGUUUACUUUUGGGGCCUUUUUCUUAUUCCUUUUUGCUUUCGCUUUCGCUUUGGAAUGUUACUAGCUUUUCUCUUUUAAAUUCCUAGGAUUCUAGAGAUGGCAAUCAUAGAGGCCACUUCUGAUUUCCGGGUUCGAUUAUGGUCCAAGCAUAAUGGGGUUGGUAGGUGGAAAAUACCCACCCAUUUGCUUCUUUAAUAAUAGCCGAGGGUCCUACCCGAAUCCGGAUGAAUCAUCACAUCGAUCAAGACAUGUUUCAAAU